GAAUGGCAACCUGUGACUUCCAAACGUUGACGGUUUUGCUGCAGGCAAAUUCUAAAGAGGUGGUUGUGCAGGUUUGCAAUGAAGCCUUUCUGUAUCGGGAUGCUGCGAGGCUUCCAGAGUCUGUAGUGUCAACAGUAGAGGAGAGUUUGUCUGUGUCUGCACAUCAAGCCAAGGCACUGCUAGCAUCUUUAAGUAGUUUGAUCAAAGCUGCCCUAUUCCAGUCCCUGCAGGAACCAGCAGAGGUAGCCACUCUCUUUCCAGAUGAUUUUCACAAAGAUUUAAGGAAACUACUGAGUAAAAUUAUUGCUGAGCUUUGCCCAAACUGGAGGAAUCAUGCCAUCAACAACCAAGUGUCCCUCCCAAGGCUGGUAGAUUUUGACUGGAGGAUAGAUUUGAAAGCUGCAUCACAAAACAUUGCCCAGAUGUCUGUACCCACUUGUAUACUACAGCUACAGGUUCAGGAAAAUCCAACACAGGUUGGAAGCGUUCCUCCCUUAACAAGCACUAACGUGGAACUGUCCAAGGAGACCCUAGAUACAAUGUUGGAUGGGCUGGGUAAAAUCAGGGACCAGCUGUCAUCAGUAGCAAAGAGAUGAUGUAGAUCGAGGUUGUGAAGUGACUGUGAACAUAGUGUGGUGGGAUGGGCUAAAGUAUACAAGCAGCAGUAAAUGAAAAGAUGUGGAUGCCAUUAUCAAAUCUUUGAUCUUAAGAAGUGAUUCUGUAAAGCAUUACUGGAAUGUAUACAUACAUGUAUUGCCGACGGCGAAAAAAUUGUGGUGUUAUUUUAGACAUCAUUUACAUAAACUUGAGAUUUUCAUAUGUCUACUGAUAUGUUUCUGACUUUGAGUGAACGGUCGAACGUUCAGUUUUAUCCGGGGUGUCCUUCCAUCUGUAAAAUCACUCAAGUUGCUGUAUUUAGAAAGACAGAUUCUUUUUAGUCAUUUACCUCCCCUUCUUGCGUAGACGAUGUGAUAUGUUCAGCAUAUCAAAUUUGCGCAUACAUGAAAUUUUGCUGCUUUGAUCACUUUCCCAAACUUGUGUUGAUAAACAUCGCUUCGUUGGAGGGGGCCUCCGUGGCUCAGUCGGUUAGCGCGCUAGUGCAGUGUAAUGACCCACGAGCAUCUCCCCAAUGCGGUCGCUGUGAGUUCAAGUCCAGCUCAUGCUGGCUUCCUCUCCGGCCGUAAGUGGGAAAGUCUGCCAGCAACCUGCGGAUGGUCGUGGGUUUCCCCCGGGCUGUGCCCGGUUUCCACCCACCAUAAUGCUGGCCGCCGUCGUAUAAGUGAAAUAUUCUUGAGUACGGCGUAAAACACCAAUCAAAUCAAAAUCAAAUCGCUUCGUUGGAAAAUCGCUCUUCCAUAAAAUGUGCCACACUUCCUGUACGAGACUGUCCUUGCUACGAAAAUAGAUUUAUCAUUACCAUGUUCCCGUGGCUUUUUAUUGAGCAAAGAGACGCAAGGCACAUAUCAUGAACAUAUCAUGAAGUUCACUGGAACAGGAGUGCGACUCUAGGAAUAUGGUAGUCGUUGGCAGCGAAACAAAAAAUAUUGAUAGCUCAAAACGACCGGCCUGCUUGAAUUUGGGUUUACCAAGCAGUCGACUAAUGGAUCAAUAACUGACCCAAACAAUAAAGCUGAUCCAACUGACCCAAGCAAUGAAGCUACGCUGCAAUAUUUCAAGAAAGAUUGGAAGCGAUGUAUUGCACCAUGUGUGAAAAUUACAGUUACCGCAAAUAAACACUGUGUCAUGUAAUUAAAACAGUUACAUGGCAAACACAGUGCAAUUAAUCAUAUAUCGGCCAACAGUUCAGUGCAGAGAAAUUUUGUUGUGCGAGUUGCAAAAAUGUCUGGUACUUAGGGAUCAACAGGACAGUUGUCCUGCUGGCUGUACCUCUCAUUUCUAGAUGAGCGAAUCUUGCAUUAGGGGAAUCGUUGCGCUGCAUCGUUUGCAUGUGAUCUUGUCGGGCGGGCAGUUUAGUCCUGUGACGAAUUUCAUAGGCCUAGGAGGUUUAGUUCAGAGUCAAAUGCAACUCAUUUUUGUAUUUAGCUAAACCAACUCAAAAAUUCUGAAUUUCUUUAGGCAGUGCGUCUGUUUAAAAUCUUCACUGUUACAUUGACUCCAGAGUAAAUGGUCCAGAGAUUGUGACGUUCGCAAAUAAUGAUACAUGUUGAAGUAUUUCAAGGGAAAGAAUGGUAAAUGUCUGUGGAUUGUCAUGUAUCUGGGCUUUUGAAGUCACAAAUUAAAGAUAUAACAAAUCAUAUGCAAGAUAAACAUACAAGGAACACAAAAUUAUUUAUCACAUGGUAUACUUUUAUUGGCAAGAGCACUCAGUCAAGUCUAUGUUUAUAUAAGUACAUGUACAUUCAUUCUUGUACAAGUCAAUAAAACUUGGCAAGAAUACCAAAUACAGCUGUAAGUGUUUAUGUUGCACGCAAUCUUUGAUUUAGCUUGUAGUUGUGCAUCUAUCUGUACAGAUAUAUUUAUGUCUAAAAUUUAGCAUUUAUAUAUAAAUCCAUUAAGAAAACUGCUGGCCUAUUAUUGUGGCUUUGUCCAAGUACAUAUACACUGUGGGAGUACAAGUAGAGUGUAUGUACAGGUAUAGUAGGAAAAACAGCAUGACCAUACAGAAAUGGAAGGUCAUAUGUAAUAUACACAAUAUUGGAAUUUAAUAAAUGUGUUUGUUUCAAGACUUAAAGCUAUCUAACAACUUUCAAGUUUGGGUUAUCACUUCGGCAAUGGGUAAGCUAAAAGCAUCUAUUGCAUCCAUAACAUAUGUCUCCUGUGUUUUAGAGUGUACAUGGCUUUCUAGAUUUGAACCUCCUGAUGUGGCUAGGUAGAGGCUGUGUAUAAGUGUCUUGAAUGAUGGCUGCAAACUAUAUUGUGUAUUUCUUAUGGAUUAAUUUGGAAGGCCAUAGGAAAUCAAUACUCAUCAUUAAGACAUCGAUCACAAAGAAUUUCUCAAAAAUCUUUUCUGAACUAUACACCUGGCAACUAAUUGCCCUAAUGUACUACCUGAAGCAUAGAUGGGUGAUUGGUUCAACAUCAUGUGAAAUGAAUUGAUUUACUCAAAUCAAAUUGCUCCAGUUAAUUUUUCACCAAGUCAGUACAGCAGGGAGUUAAGUUAUUGAAAACUUCCAUAAAAUUAUGAGUGACGCUUCUAUACAUAUAUAUGUGUGUGUAAAUAGACUGUAUAUGUAGACAUAAAUGUAUUCAACCAUAACAAGGAUAUGUGAAAUUCUUUCACAUCAAAAUCACUAAAAUUUAACACUCUUAACAAAAAAAUACACAUAAUUAUGGCACCAAAUUUGACGUAUAUGAACAUAUGGCACUUUUUGCACCCAUGGUACUUGAUCAAAACUGGAUGUCAACAAAGUCUGCUGUUUGUGACAGUCUAUAUGUACGUGAACGCACACUGAAAACACGCAUGAACACUACUGAAGAAGCAUGAUUUAAAAUGCUGUCCUUAACCCUAUUCCACAACCUGACCAAUUGGUACAUGUAGGUAAAUUGUGGAUUUUCUCUUCCACUGAAAUAUUCCUAUCCCUCCUUGUUAGUUUCCCUGAUAAGUUUAUACACUGCAGUUUGAGGAUGCAUUCCUCAAAGCGAUUUUUAAAUCUAAUUUUUCAAUACACUAAAGAAAAUUUUCUUCAGGACAUUUUGGCUUUCUUGAUGACCAGAUUUGGCAUACAUAUGCAUAGACCAGGCGCCUUCAGUGAAAAUUUCAGUUUUGAUGGUUUCAAACAUACAAAGAGAGCAGUCAGAUGUACUUCAUUCUCAAUUGUAAAUUGUGGUCACUAAAGUCAAAUUUGAAAUUUUUACUCAUGUCUGAAAGCAUUUUCACAUCAAUGGACCCAUGCAAAGUUAGCAGUUGUGAAAAAUAGCGACUGAAAAGGUUGAGGAAUGAGAAGAUGAAUGUUCAUUUCAGAUGAUCUUACAAAUAGUAUUGCUCUGAGGAAUGAGCCUUGUAUACUGUCCUUAGUGACUUUACGCUUACAGAGUACUGGGGUAGCAUCUAUGGCAAGUUCUUAUACUGAGCCCAAGGAGUUGCUGACUUUGUCCUGGGGCUUGGUCAGCGUCCACAGCAAGUCCUGGAGCUAACGUAACCCAUGGAAUUGCUGACUUUGUCCUGGGGCUCAGUCAGCAUCCACAUCAAGUCCUUGAGCUAACUUAAACCAUGGAGUUGCUG